AUGGAUCCCGUGCCCCAAGCCUCCUUCGAGGGUGUGGUUGGGGACGGGAAAAAGGAACCGGUCUACGUCUACGUGAUGGGCCGUGUGCGAGGGAUCACGCAUCCGGACUUCAUCCUCAAGAACGGCUAUCCAGAGGACUCUCCUGACAACCUGCGCUGGCGGAAGAACCUCAUAGGCGACGUGGCGCGUUUUAUGGCGCUCUCUCGGAAGAGAGUUUAA